AGUUAGUCAUCCAUUAAUAAAAUCAAAAUGUACGCCUUAAUGUUGCAAAGCUAUAAAAAUUGUUUGUAUUUUGAUAAGUAAUAUAUUAACUUGGUAUUGACAGAGGUAAAAAUACUCACAAACACUCAAAUAAAAAUUAAAGUUCUCAUCCAAGUAUCCACGUGAGUAAGAGUCAAGUAAAGUAGCUGUUACUUGUUACAAGGAAGUGUUGUGUAAAACAGACUGAAUGUAAAUAAACGUAAAUGCAUCUGAUUUAAACUCCUGUAAGCAGUUCUUUUUGACUGGCGCUCUCCUACUCUUCCCUGUGCUUUCUGAUGUGUCAAAUGGAAUAGUUGCUGACUACUUCUGUUGGCAGUUGGCAUUUUUAAAGUAUGUGAUGCAUCCUGUUCCCCAACUACUGGUAAUAACACAUUUUAAUAUAGUCAUGCAAUACAUUUUCUUGUGGCAGAAUGUGACCAGUAAAGCGCUCUCUAAUUCUUUAUCACUUUCUUGUUGCUAGGCCUGUGUGUUAUUGAUUUUUCUCUGCUUGUGAUUUUCCAUUUUAAAAGAUCAUGAUAAAUGAUGUGAGCACUUCUCACAGCUUUGUAUUCUAUCUAAAUGCAUGCAGUGGAGGACACAGCCCACAUUGCACAAUUGUAGUGUGACAUGCUUUCAAUAUAAUUUUUCUACCAGAUAAGGAUAAAUUCCAACAUCACAUCCUGUAGCUUUAAUACAAGGAAUACAACAGAAAAAUCUAAUUGUUGAUGUGAAAUCAAAAAUAAAUUGUUCAGAAGGUUUACACAUUUGCAUAAAAUUCUUGUUACUUUGAAACACUCAUAAGUCUGCUGAAACACUCACAUAGCUCAUAAAUUAAAACUAUUAAACAAGUGAAAAACAACAACAAAAAAAACCUUCACCUGUGUGUUCCCAGAUAAUGUUCAAACACACAUGCCUGAAACCUGAAUGAGCUUUUGUGAGGAAUUUUAAGAUAGUCCAACUCUUUGUGCUGCUCUCUUAGAGUUUUAAUGCAAACUCUUUGAAUUUUAGCCCUAGAAAACACAUUCAUUUCUAGAGAUGCUCUGCAUGGGAAACAUAUGCUGCAUGCAUGAAAACGAACAUAUAUUACUGAUAUAUUUUUCAUCACAUGAGAAUGGACUAUCUUCGAUUACAUCCCCCUGGACCCCUUCAUUUCAAGCCCUGUUUUCUUUUUUUUUUCUGCGCAUAUGAAAAUGGAAGGACAUUUAUGAACAAGCAGUUGGGAAUCACAUGGCCAUUAAUGCAUAAGUGGUAUCUAUACUAUUUAUGCAUACUGAUUGGUGCUUGUUAUGCAGUUUGGAAUGCAGCCUUGAAUUCUCGCUAACAUGUAUUGACUUACAGUACUCCGGAGAAUGGCACAGCACAACCCCUAUUAUGAAAUGUUCUUCCUCAAGUAUCUUGCAGUAACAUUUUUGUACCAUAAAAGACAGAAUUCCAGAUUUCCAGAAAUUCAAUCUAGUAGCUUUAAACUAUGCUAAAAUUGGUAGCUGAUCAGCUAGUUAGCUAGUUAAGUUCAUUAAUGCAAACACAGGAUUUGCAUAUUGAUGUAACAUUAUUUGAAAGAAAAUUAGCAAGUACUCAAAUUCAUGGGGAAGGGAAGACUUCACUGUCAAUAACACCCGCUCAUCCCCCUACACCUCAAGAAGCUGGCCAUGGAACAGAACCAAGCCAUGGGUGACAACCCCACCUUUUAAGUCUAUGUAGUAUGUGUCACAAGAGUAGCUGCAGGGCUUGAGUAAAGUACUUGUUUAAUAGUUUUCAAUAAAGUAUUGGGAAGAGAAAAAGGGCGAGUACUCAAAUUCUUGGAGAAGGGACAAAUCCUUGAGUCACACUAUUUAUCCUCACCUGAUACUGUCUUUAAUGUAGCAUAGUGUUUGCCCCCUUGACAAAACAGCAUUUUAAAUAACAUUUUGUCUUUGAACAAUGCUGUUCUGCAUUUGCACUGCUUGUGAAAGUUGUUUGAGUCUGUCUUUUUCCCUCCUAAAUAUUUUGUGUUUAACUGUGAACUGUUUUGCUUUUGUCAGUGUUGACACGUCUCUCUGUUUCUGAUUUUGAAAAGAUAGUCUGUUAUCCAGGCAAGUUAAUUUAUCCACGUAGUAAAAAUAUUAACACCCUCAGUUGAUGUGUGUGGUUCAGGAGGUGAUGGGAUUCAGCAGUGUAGUGCAUGCUACAGCAAGAUGCAUUCCACCACAAUCAUAUGAACCAAAUGGAGCUUUUUACAGUUAAACAUUAAUAUCAGAGAUUUUUUUUUGCUUUAUCUAAUCUAAAAAGGUCUCUGAUUACUGCUAAGAACAAAGCACUCAUUGUCUGGUGCUACUAAAUAUGCCAAAUUUCCACAUUCUGGAGUAUGCUGGUACAAGUUAUCAUACAUGCGGGAAAAAAACAACAACAAUAAAAUGACAGAUGGGUCAGUCGACAUAUGAAUUUGGAAUGGUUGAUAAUUGCAUAGGUUUUUUAAUUCCCUGAUAUUAAAUGACUCCCUGUUGAAGUCCCGAACUUCCUCCCAUUUCACAUGAGAGAUAUUUUGGCCAGUUCUCUCGUCUUAACUCAGAUUUUCCUGCUUGAAUGAUGGACUGUUGCAGUGCAUUCAGUUUCUGUCAUGGUAAAUGUAGAAGGGUUUGAGUAAAUUAAUGUGAAAUGAUAUCUGAGUGUAUAAUGAACUUAGCUAAUGCUGCACAACAUCAGUCACCAUGUUUAUUAUUGAUAUAAUGAAAACCCAAAAAUGGUACUUACAGGUUUUAGACAAAAGAGGAAAAAAGGCAAACAUUUUAAACAAAAUAAAAAAGAUUUAUUAGUGAAAAUGUCAGCCCUGUGGAUCCAUUUCAUUCAAAAGAUGUUUGACUUAUGCUACUUGCUAUAUUUAGUCUUGUGGUGUGCGUAUCAGUGACCGUUCCCCAGUUAUUAAACACUUCCAGAGUUGUGAAAAAAAGGAUGCUUCUCAUAUACUUUGUGAUUAUUGUUUUAUUGUAUUUUCAAAUUGUAACUGAAACUUAGGUUUUCCCCAAACUGAAAUAAGAGUUAGCGUCUCUUCUCUACUCCAGUACCUCCCCGAACGGCUUGGACGCCAAGUUGUGAAUGGAGCAUGAUCAUAUGACUAUGUGACGCAAACAUCCGGGUUCUUAGAAAGUCCACUACAAGCUCACUGUUCCUGUGGUAAUUUUAUUAUGUCCGGAUGACCGCUGGAGCAACUUCUCUGACCCGGAUGUCAUGGCCUCAGGCUUCCGAUCAUGCAGAACUUGUCCCUCGUAAGCCUUGCAUCUCUCGCACACACCUUUCCACGUGAACCACACGCCUGCAUUAUGACCACCUCCCACCUGAAUGGUCAUGUAAGUGAGUCAGAAGAGAGGGCAGCAGGCACCAGCGAUGCCCCAGACUCGUCUGGCCACUGGCACAGGGAGAUGGCUGUGGACUGCCCAGGUGACCUGGGUGCACGCACACUGCCUGUACGGCGCAGCGCCCAGCUGGAACGCAUCCGCCAGCAGCAGGAGGACCGCAGAAGAAGGGAAGAGGAGGGCCGUAACCGUCAAGAGCUCGAGGUCAACUCCUCCAUGCGCCUCAAGAAGCUGGCACAGAACCCCAAGGUGGGCAUUGACAACCCCACUUUUGAGCCUUUGGAGGGUCCCGGCAUGUCAUUAGGGCAGCUGCAGGGAUUCAGUGGGGCACCACGACUAUUGGACCUGGAGGAGUUGCUGAUGUCUCUGAAGCAGGUACAGCACUGUCUGGGUGAUGCUCAGAGUCAGGAGGACGUGGAGCUGGUGCUGCAGCUUGUACAGAAGCCUGACUUCCAGAAGGCAUUCAGCAUCCACAAUGCUGUGGCACUACACAUGAAUCGGCCAAGUCCUCCCUUUCCCCUCACAGACCAUGCACAGAGCCUUGUGCAUGAGGUCCAGGCCAUGCUGCACAACAGCUCGCAGAAAGAGGGUCUUGAUCUGUGCACUUUGCUCAAAAGCCCUCACAUGCUGGCUCUGAUGCUGGCCCACGACAGUGUGGCUGAGCAGGAGAUGCAACCAGAGCCUAUGGGUCCUCUUGAUAGCCCAUGCGAGACCCUCACACAGUGGGGAGGAGAGACUGUCAAGAUCGUACGCAUAGAGAAGGCCAAGGACAUCCCACUGGGAGCCACAGUGAGAAAUGACAUGGAUAGUGUGAUUAUUAGUCGGAUUGUGAAAGGAGGGGCAGCAGAGCGAAGUGGACUGCUCCAUGAAGGCGAUGAGAUAUUGGAGAUCAACGGGGUCGAGAUUCGUGGCAAAGAUGUCAAUGAAGUGUUUGAUAUCCUGGCAGAGAUGCACGGCACGUUGACCUUUAUUCUGAUUCCCAGCCCACAUACUAAACCACCUCCCAUUAAAGAGACUGUGGUGCAUGUGAAAGCACAUUUUGACUAUGACCCUUCUGAUGACCCAUAUGUACCAUGCCGGGAGUUGGGUCUCUGCUUUCAGAAGGGGGACAUUUUACAUAUCAUCAGCCAGGAUGACCCUAACUGGUGGCAGGCCUAUAGAGACGGAGAUGAAGAAAACCAGCCUCUAGCCGGGCUGGUGCCAGGUAAGACCUUUCAGCAGCAAAGAGAAGCCAUGAAACAAACAAUAGAAGAAGAUAAGGAGCCUGAAAAAUCAGGGAAGCUGUGGUGUGCAAAAAAGAACAAGAAGAAGCGGAAGAAACUGCUGUAUAAUGCAAACAAGACAGACGACUACGACAAUGAGGAGAUUCUUACCUAUGAGGAGAUGGCACUGUACCACCAGCCAGCCAAUCGAAAACGCCCCAUUGCUCUGAUUGGUCCUCCAAACUGUGGGCAGAAUGAGCUGAGACAGAGACUUCUGUCUAGUGAGCCUGACCGUUUUGGAGGUGCUGUGCCUCACACCACACGGAACCGGAGGGAUGGUGAAGUGAACGGGCGCGACUACCACUUCGUGUCACGCCAGGCUUUCGAGAUGGAUGCUGCGGCAGGGAAGUUUAUUGAGUCAGGAGAGUUUGAGAAGAACCUGUAUGGCACCAGCACAGAUUCUGUGCGGCAGCUUAUCAAUAGCGGCAAGAUUUGCCUCCUGUGUCUGCACACUCAGUCUUUGAAGGUAUUGCGCAGCUCUGACCUCAAGCCAUAUAUUAUCUUCAUUGCACCACCCUCCCAGGAACGACUGCGUGCCCUUUUAGCAAAAGAUAACAAGAACCCAAAGCCUGAGGAGCUGAGGGACAUAAUUGAGAAAGCAAGAGAGAUGGAGCAGAACUUUGGCCACUUGUUUGAUGCUGCAAUUGUGAACACUGACCAGGACAAGGCUUAUCAGGAGCUGUUGCGCCUCAUCAACAAACUGGACACAGAGCCUCAGUGGGUUCCUUCAUCUUGGCUGCGCUGAAAUCACUCUUCACAGACACGCACACACAGCCCAAGAUAACCAUGCUGUGCAUGGGCUUUGUGGAGUUUAGUGGAUUGCGUGACUGGAUAAUUGAUUGUCUGCUGUGUUGGCAUUCUCUGUAUCUACAUUUAACCAGAGUCUGAACUCAAACUCAAACAUGACCCUUUCGGCUCUGUUAACUCACCAGACAGCCCUCGUCCUGAGCAAUGUAAGAAACUUACCAGCAUUUGGUAGCCGCAGUAGAGCCUUAGUGCUUCUAUACAGCAUAAUUAUAAAUAAUACUGAUUAUUUAUAAUUUGAAAAUUAUGGUUUCUAAAAAGUGUCAAGGAGUGUAAUUUUAUUAUCAGAGCUCUUCUGUACUGUGGACUGGGCAUAGCAAUUAAAUAUUCUUGCAGACCAGGCCUCUCAACUGGGCAUGAAUCUCUGGAUACAUUUUUCAUCAGGACACAAUACCACAGGCCACACAAUAACUUAAUUUCCCCCUUACUCUUUUUGUGACUAAACAUUUUAGUCUCCCUCUGACAAGUUUCUCCUUCUGAUCUGAAUGCUGCUUUCCUUGUAAUUUGGCCAUCUAAAGGGCCUGUUCUCUUUUUGCUUUAGAAAGCUUCCAGAUAGCUUUUUUUUUUUGUCAUUCUUAUGCGUCACUUGCAUUAUACAUUAGUUUUAUAUUAGUUUACCAAUUGUUGGUGGCCUGUGGCUGCAAUUUUCUGAAGGACAGAUAUGGAUCAUUUAACUUUUACAAAACAUACAGUGCUAGAUGAAGCAGAGGCUUUGUGCUAAAUGAAGCAGAGGCUUUAUUCUGCAUCUUGUGAGUCUUUCUUGUGAUGCACUGCUGACUCUUGGGUGGAUGUAAGACUGCAUCCCAUAUGAAGAACAAAAAUUUUCAAGCUUCCAAGCUGUAAAAAAGACUAAAUCCAAAAGUUGUGAAAAGACCCACUGCAUUCCCCAUUCCAACUGACUCAGCUUUUCAUUCUGAUAGCAAUCAAGACAACAGUUUGUGUAAUAACAAACAGCUAAUUUGUUCUAGUUUCUAUUUUUUUUGUGUGUGUGUGUUAUGUGUUUUCUGUUACAGUAUUCACAUGCACUUCCAGAACUCAGAAGUGUGACCAGUAUUGUAAGCAGUAUUUCAGACCAAUACAAGAAGGUUCAUCUACUGAGCAUAAUACCAGCUUUGGCUUAGAUUUUGCUACACUUAAUUUAAAGUUAUGUCUUUUCUCUUGUUUAAACAAAAUAUCAAUUCUGUGUUGUGUACACAUUUUCAUUACAUGCUGGGUUUCUAGGUUUUUACCUGUGGUGAGCUUAAAUCUAUGGACUGAAUCCUAAAAGUUGGUUGAUAAAACGAGAAUUCAGUCACAAAGCUAUGUGCUAUGUGGAGAGACUCCUGUAUCUGUGUUUGUCACCUGUGCGUCUUCCUGUGUAAGAUUCUUGAUUUUUUUUUUGUAGAUGUUCUGAAACUAGACUUUCAGCAGAAUAUUGAUUGUUUAUAUUUAGCUCUGUUUAAAAGAAAGGCUGUCAAUGAAAUGUAGAGGGCAGGCAAGUAUUAUCUUGUGGUUAAACACACUGGAAACUUUAUUGAAUUGUUUUAUAUUUCAAAAUCAGCCUAUAUAUUUAUAUUUACAAAAUAAAUCAUACACACCAUGUAAUCCUUUUGUUUACUGGCCAGACCCAUUCACCUGCUGUCCUCCUACAGGCAGUCCAACCUAGUGAGAUAUCUACAUGAUAAUUAACUGGAAGUAGAACUGAUGAAUGUAAAAUAUCAAUCAUCUUUUUGUCUGGGAAACUGUUUUUGGAUGCAUUAUACAUGUAAAUAAUUAAAAAUCCUGAUUGAUAGAA